GCGGGUUGUCCUGACGCGGGUCCGGCGUGAGAGUGGUGGCGUCACCGCGGGUAUAUAAGUGGCGCGCGACGGCAACUCAGCUCAGUGCGCGGUCAGACUGGGAAACAACAUGGCCAGGUUACGCGUGGUGGUGGUCCUUGGCCUCCUGGGCAUUGUUGCUGCCCAGGACGAACAAGCGCAGGAUGAAUUGACCAAGCUGCUCUGCUCCGAGAAGGGCCCGGGAGAGUGGUUCCGACUGGGGACAAGUGACUGCAGGAACGUGAUUCAGUGCACAGAGGCCGGUCUCCAGGCGCUGCGCUGCCCCCACGGCCUGGCCUUUGACCUGGAGCUCCAGACCUGUGACUGGAAGGGUAAGGUGAAGAACUGCGAUAAUAAGGUCAAGACGAAGAAGGCACAGCCGCUGCUCAGGACCAUCGAGCCUCUGUGCCAGGAGAACUUCCUGGCUUGCGGAGAUGGCACCUGCAUGGACCAACAGGUGUUCUGCAACGGCGUGGAUGACUGUCCCGACGGUUCUGAUGAGAACGCCUGCGAUAUGGACAAUGACCCCAACAGGGCGCCACUCUGCAACCAGGCGGACUGCAAACUGCCGGACUGCUACUGCUACCACGAUGCCAACGAGAUCCCCAAUGGCUACCAAGCGAAGGAUGUGCCACAAAUGAUCACCAUCACUUUCGACGACGCCGUCAACAACAACAACAAUGACCUAUACCAGAUGCUCUUCACUGACCGCGUCAACCCUAAUGGCUGCAACAUCAAGUCCACCUUCUUCGUGUCCCACAAGUACACCAACUACACCUCCGUCCAGGAACUGCACCGUCAGGGACACGAGAUCGCAGUGCACUCUAUCAGCCACAACUCAAGCGAGGAAUUCUGGUCCUCGGCGACGGAGGACGAGUGGGAGCGCGAGAUGGCCGGUGGCCGUGUCAUCGCUGAAAGGUUUGCCAACAUCACCGAUACCUCCGUGAUCGGCCUGCGUGCGCCAUACCUGCGUGUGGGUGGCAACAACCAGUUCAGCAUGAUGGAGACUAACUCAUUCCUGUACGACUCCACCAUCUCCGCACCCGUACAGAACCCUCCCCUCUGGCCCUACACCCUGUACUACCGCAUGCCCCACGUGUGCCAUGGCAACGCCCAGCGGUGUCCCACGCGCUCCUUCGCUGUGUGGGAGAUGGUCAUGAACGAGCUGGACCGUCGUGAGGACCCCUCGGUUGAGGCUGACCUGCCUGGCUGUGCUAUGGUUGACUCCUGCUUCUCCAGCAAGCCCACCGCUGACCGCUUCUACAACUUCCUCAACAACAAUUUCAACCGCCACUACCAGACCAACCGCGCACCUCUUGGUCUCUUCUUCCACUCUGCCUUCCUGAAGAAUGACCCCGAAAUUUUCGAUGCUUACUUUUGGCUCGACGAGAUCCUCGCUAACUACAAUGACGUGUUCUUCGUGACCAUGACGCAGGUGAUCCAGUGGAUGCAGGACCCACGACCCGUGAACCAGCUCAACAACUACGAGGCCUGGAGGGAGAAGUGCGUGGUAACCGGCUCCCCUCUGUGCAUCGGCGGUACCAACUGCGAGCUGAACACCGAAGAGCUGCCCGGAGAGACCCUGCGUCUCAACACCUGCAUGCGCUGCCCGAACAAGUAUCCCUGGCUAAAGGAUCCCUUGGGCGAAGGGUUUUUCUAAGACAACAAACACACUGAAAAACUCCUCGCUGCCACCUGCCCCCGUAGGGUGAUCUGUGAGAGCUCCUUUUCCACCGCUCUCUUCUUCACCCAGGGCGCAGUACCUAAACCUGUAAAUACUGUUUUAUAAUUGUGUAUACAUGAUUGUGUCCAGACGAGCGUGGCCGUGCCCUCACCGUCGCCCAUCACCCCUGUUCCUUCCAACCUCCACUUCUUACCUUCCUUCACUUACCAUGACAGGUCAAGGUGGGUCACACGCACUCGUAAGAGGUCAAGUCGGGUCACUUUCCCCUUCCUCACAGUCCCCUCGUCCCAAUCUUUUUUCCGCUCCAAAGUGACCUGUUGCGGCCCUCUUCGUAUUUAUUAGAGCUGGAGGUGCCCCUGCCCCCUGACCUCCCGUACACACAGUCGGCCCCACCACCAGCACGUUCGAGGUCUUACUAGCUGUGAUGAUCGUCGAGAUUAUUACUCUUAUUUGUUUUUAUUACUUUCCAUAUUUUGCGUUUCAUGUUACCCAAUAAAACAUUAUUCCUUAA